AUGGACGACCCCUCCGGCAACCCACCGACCCCUCCCUACUCCGUCCCACCCUCCGCCGCCGCCACCACUUCCGCCGCGCCGCCGCCAAAUCCUAGCGGCGGCGCCGACUGCGGUAAUGCAACGACUGCUGCGCGCGCGCUCUUCGUCCCUCCGCGCGGGGCGCUGCACGCAGGCGCAGCCACCGCGCAGAUGGCAGCCGCGCAGGGCGCCGGCAACGCGCGGCCCGCGCUGAGGAGGGGGAAGGCCCCGUCGACCAAACGGCCGCACAUCGGUGCCGCCUCCGUCGCGCCGCCGAAGAAAGCGAAGGCGCCCGCCACCCGCCGGCCAGUCGAUGAUGCGACAUACAUGGAAACAAUGAAUGUUGGAUCCUCGUUCAUGCAUGAUGAAGCCGCCGAUGGAGAGGAGGAAUAUGAGGAUGUAGAUGAGGAAGGAGAAGGGUUGAUUGAACCUCGCCAUCCUGGUCGGACCGCCAACUACACCGUAGCGGAGGACAAGUUGCUUUGCAAGACGUGGUUGACAAUUGGAAUGGAUCCAACAACCGGUACCGAUCAAACAAGAGAAACAUAUUGGCUGAGGAUGACGGAGUACUUCAACACACACAACACAAGUGGGAACGAGCGAACAAUGCACUCAUUUCGGUCCCGUUGGUCCGGCAUCAACAACGAUUGUCAAAAAUGGGCGGGCGUGCAAGCCAACAUCGAUGUUCUCAAUCCAAGUGGCACAAAUGAGAAUGAUAGGAACUCUAUGGCUCAAGGUUUGUUUAGGGAUGUGGGAAAGAAGAACAAGAAAGGCAACAAGAUUCUUGGCAAGCCAUUCACCUUGCACCAUUGCUAUGGAGUGCUAGGGAAUGAAGAGAAGUGGAAGACGCGCGGCAAGUUGGAUGCGGCAACUAUGACGGCCAAUGCUACCGGUGAUGCAACAAUCAUCGAUGAUGAUGAUUCAAGUGAUGAAGGCAAGAAGAGAAGCUCCACUCCUCACUCCGUCAACAAUGGGCGGAGGAAUGUGCAUGGUAGGAAGACCGCCAAAGAUAUGAAGGGAAAGAAGGCCGGAGAUGAUGACAUUGCCAUUGCUAUGGAAAGGAUUGCAAAUGCAAGGCUGCAAGCAAAUGAAGAUAGGAAGAUGCAACGAAACUUGGAGAAAGAGGCUAUGGAUGCUAUUGAAGCUAGGAGAGCCGCUUUGGAGGAGAGGAUUGCCGCCAACGAGGAGAGGAAGUUGGCUUUGGAGGAGAAGAGGCAAGCCACCGAGGAGCAUGCACGCCUAGCGGAGGAGGAGAGGAAGCUUUUCUUGAUGGAUACUUCCCAUAUGGAUGAGAGGCAAAAGGAUCUACAAAACUGUUUUCCGCGCCCGCGCGCGCUGUAUUUUGCCGCGCCCGGCGGAGGACCAUUUUUUCAGCCCGCGCACGCGCUGCAUAUUAGCGCGUCCGGCUGA